UUUGUAAGUACUCUUUGCUUUCUCUCUGUCUCUCUGUUUGUUAGUAGAACUGAAAUUCUUCUGUGGAACACCUCCAAAGAUUGCUGAUUCAAUUUUAGUUUAAUUUUUUAUUGAAUACAAGCUUGGAUAUUUAUCUGGUGGGUGUCUGUGAGCGUGCGUGACAUAAGAGUGAGCUAAUUUCAUGGGGAAAUCAGGAGGUAGAAGAAAGAAGGGCAGUGGUGUUUCAAACCAAGUAUCAAGUGUUGAUAGUGGUAAUAUUUCAAAUCCAACGACGCUUCCAAAUGCUAAUGGCGAUGUCGAUUUUGACUCCUCAAUAUUUUUGAAAAGAGCCCAUGAGCUCAAGGAAGAAGGGAACAGGAGGUUCCAAAACAAGGAUUUUGCGGGUGCUUUUGAGCAGUAUGAUAAUGCUCUUCGAUUAACUCCCAAAACCCAUCCUGAUCGUGCUGUGUUUCACAGCAACAGGGCUGCGUGCUUAAUGCAAAUGAAACCUAUUGAUUAUGAGACUGUUAUUGCCGAGUGUACUAUGGCACUCCAAGUCCAGCCUCGGUUCGUAAGGGCUCUCCUUAGGAGGGCUCGUGCUUUUGAGGCGAUAGGGAAGUAUGACAUGGCGAUGCUGGAUGUUCAGUUAUUGUUAGGGGCUGAACCAGACCACCGAGAUGCUUUGGAGAUAGCCCGGAGAUUGAGAACUGCUUUCGGUCCUCGCCAAGAGGCUCAGCAGGACCUCCAAAGCCGCCCUUCUCCUGCUGCACUAGGGGCAUCUGCAGUCCGUGGUGCACCAAUUGCUGGCCUUGGGCCUUGUUUGCCAGCACGGCCUGUCUCCAAGAAGGCAGCAACUCCACCUGGUGUAUUGGCUGUUUCAGUCAGUAAUAAGCUGGAAAAGCCUCAAGUGAAUGUGGUCAGUGAAAAUGGUCCUGAGACCAAAACCCAGUUGUCAAAACUUGGGUUGAAGCCUUCAAGUGGUUCUUCAAAACAGGCCGCAAAUCUGUUCAAGGAUAGCCAAGGAGGAGAAUCUUCUUCAGUCCCAUUGCCCAUUCGCGGUAAUGUUCCGGAGGUGGCAGUUCGAUGGAGACCAUUGAAACUUGUUUACGAUCAUGACAUAAGGCUGGGACGGAUGCCAGUGAAUUGUACUUUUAAAAUGCUAAGGGAGAUUGUGAGCAAACGUUUUCCAUCUUCAAAGUCAGUUUUGAUCAAAUAUAAAGAUAAUGAUGGUGAUUUGGUGACUAUAACAUGUGCUGCUGAACUCAGAUUGGCAGAGUCCUCUGCAGACAACUUGUUGCACAAGGAGCCUACUGAUACAAUUGGCAUGUUAAGAUUACAUGUCGUUGAGGUGAGUCCCGAGCAGGAGCCUCCUUUGCUGGAAGAAGAGGAGGAGAAACCUCUUGAGACUGAAGGGAAUAAGGGAGAUGAAACUGUGUCUCAUUCGUCACUUGGUGAAUCUGUGAUGGGAACAGCUGAUAGUGAAAUUGAUAAGGCAGAGAAAGAAGCUCCAAAAGAGAAAACAGGAGCUUCGGAAGAUCCAGAGAGCAAGGAAGCAGAGAUGGAUGAUUGGUUGUUUGAAUUUGCUCAGCUUUUUCGGACCCAUGUUGGUGUUGACCCGGAUGCUCAUAUUGACUUGCAUGAGCUUGGGAUGGAGCUGUGUUCUGAGGCACUUGAGGAGACAGUGACAAGUGAGGAAGCUCAAAACCUCUUUGACAAGGCUGCCUUAAAGUUCCAGGAGGUGGCUGCUCUAGCUUUCUUCAACUGGGGAAACGUUCACAUGUGUGCAGCAAGGAAAAGGAUUCCCUUAGAUGAGUCUGCUGGAAGGGAGGUAGUGUUAGCACAACUUCAAGUGGCUUACGACUGGGUGAAGGAGAAAUAUUCUUUGGCCAGAGAGAAGUAUGAGGAGGCACUCUUGAUCAAACCUGAUUUCUAUGAGGGGUUGCUAGCACUGGGUCAGCAGCAAUUUGAAAUGGCCAAACUUCAUUGGUCAUUUGCGCUUGCUAAGAAAAUAGAUCUCUCUGGCUGGGACUCUACAGAAACUCUUAAACUUUUUGACAGUGCAGAGGAGAAGAUGAAAGCAGCAACUGAGAUGUGGGAGAAGCUGGAGGAACUGAGAGCAAAUGAGCUAAAAGAUCCAAAUGCAAGCAAGAAAGAACAAUUGUUGAGAAGAAGGAAGAAGCAAGGAAGUGUUGAAGGUGAUUCAUCUGCCAGUAGCGUUCAGGGUGAGAUUUCACCGGAAGAAGCAGCUGAACAAGUAGCACUGAUGCGAUCACAGAUACAUCUCUUCUGGGGUAAUAUGCUUUUCGAGCGAUCCCAAGUUGAAUGCAAGUUGGGGAUGGAUGGUUGGAAGAAAAACCUUGAUACUGCAGUUGAACGAUUUAGGCUUGCUGGAGCAUCUGAGGCCGACAUUUCAAUGGUUUUGAAAAACCACUGCUCCAAUGGAGGUGCAGUAGAAGGAGAUGAGAAAAAGGAUCAGAAUGCUAAUGCUGAUAUUGGAUCAGAAAAGAGCAAACAGGCUGAUAAAGUAUGAGGGAAGUAAUAAGGACUGAUUUUUUUGUGUGCAUGGCAGCAAUGAGUUACAUCCUUAUAUUCUUUUAAUAAUGAGUGACAUGGUACAAGGAAGUGCUUUCUUCUCAGCUAAAAGGGUUGAACUGUAAGAAAUUUUCUUUUGGAAUUGAGAAUUUUGGUCCCAACAUUGAACAAUCAACAUUGGUAUAUUUGAGCGGCAUUGCUUUUUAAGGCGUCCAUGUUUGGUUCGAGGUGAUGUUUUUCUUUGGACAUACUAAUGAGUUUCUGAUAAACAAUUUUAUGUCCUUGGGAAUUUUGACAUUGGUGGUUCUUCUAAUUGUGUUCUAAUAAUACAAUUCUUGAUUUUUAUGGAAAUAGCUUGUCUCAUUAUUUGAAGCUGUCUGCAUGUUUCACUUAAACACCUUAUUCAUUUAUAAUUUUGAUUUAUUGAAUUUCUUUUAGUAAAGUUAUUAGGAAACGAGGAUGGAGAAAUUGCAGUUAAGGGAAAUUCUGUUCAGAUUUAUCAGGGGAUUCUCCGUGCAUGUUAUGUGAACACAUUAAUAAGGAUAUUUGCAAACAGUCGCUUCCUCGCAUCUGUUGUGUAUCGAAUUGGAGGGCUAUAUUUAUGGCUAUUAGAUGAUGUCUCUAAUACAUGGUUCGAAAUUAGAAUUGAUUGGGAGUGGAUGAUGGAAUUGGAUAUCUGAAAAUUGAAAGUACUCCGUUGCUGUGUUUGAUUCAAAAUUGUCAACAGCCACGUAAAUGCAAUGGGUCCUGAAGUGCACUCGGAUAGCAAAAUUUGGAAAACAUAUUUCUAAACUGCGUUGGAUUCAUCCUUUUCUAUUCCCAUCUCACAUCCCUGUGCCGCUAAGCUAGAGCAUCUUAGUUUCUUACUUCGUACCGAAAUACAUAAUAGCUGUUGUAGAUGAACAGUUUAGCCGUCUGUUUUUCUUUUUCCAAUUUCUGAAUAGUAUAUUCUUAUAUUAAUGCUAUUUAACUACUGUUGAGGCA